GGAGGAUUACGAAUCUCUCUCCCUGGCUAGGGUUUAUACAGUCCAUACGCAGCAGACUGCAUCCCCCAAAAUCCCAAACGACCACCAUGGACUUCUCAAAGAAGCGCAAAACCGAGCCAAACGGCACCGCUUCGACUUCUCCACCUUCCCAAUCCGCCUAUCUAACUCCCGAAGACGCCCGGAGGCUCCUCCAGCCCCUGACUCAGGACCAACUCAUCGGCAUCCUCCAAAACGCCGUCGUUCGCCACCCCGACGUACUCGAAUCCGUCCGCUCCGUCGCCGACCAGGACUCCACCCUCCGGAAGCUCUUCAUCCGUGGCCUCGGCGCCGACACCACCUCCGACUCCCUCCGCUCCCUCUUCUCCGCCUUCGGCGAGCUCGACGAGGCCAUCGUCAUCCACGACAAGGCCACUGGAAAAUCAAAAGGCUACGGCUUCGUCACGUUCAAGCACGCCGACUCGGCCCUCCUGUCCCUUAAAGAACCGAGCAAGAAAAUCGACGGCAGAGUCACCGUCACGCAGUUCGCCUCCGCCGGAUUAGCGACGUCGUUUAACAGCAGCAACCCCAACGCCGCUGACGUCUCGGCCAGGAAGAUUUACGUGGGGAGCGUCCCGUUUGAUAUCUCUUCGGACAGACUGUUGUCGGCUUUCUCGGCGUAUGGAGAGAUUGAGGAAGGGCCGCUAGGGUUUGAUAAGGUCACCGGAAAAUCAAAGGGGUUUGCUUUUUUUGUGUACAAGGCGGAGCAGGGAGCCAGGGCUGCGCUUGUUGAACCGUUGAAGAACAUCGACGGUCAUCAGGUGGCUUGCAAAUUGGCGGUAGAUAACAAGAAGAGCAAACCCGGUGGGGCACAACAAGGUACUCCUGAUAAUUCUGGUGUUCGGCCACCGCAAUCUUCCAUGCCUCCGGGAAUGUAUCAGGGCCUGCCGCCUCAGACAGGUCCUUAUUCGGGUUUUCCAGGUGGGCAUCAGCCGCUGCCGGUGCCUUCUGGUAAUAAUUUUAGUGGUGCCAGGUAUAAUCCGAAUUUGGGAGGUGGAUAUGGUAUGCCACCGCCAGGAGAAUUUGGAGCUCGAUUGCCGCCAAGUUCUAUUGGAAUGGGUCCUGGAGGAUACUCAGAUGAUCCACAUUAUGGUUUAGGAUCGUCCAUGGCGCAUCCUUCUCAGCAUCAACAGCCUCCUAUGCCUCGAAUUCCGCCUGGUGGACUGUACCAGGGCAUGCCGCCUUACUACUGACAGGUCCUUGAGAAGCUUCUUGGGCGCAAUUGCUUUAAAUGGUUAUCGUGAUUCCAUGAAUGCAGACAAUGAAAUCUUUGGAUAGAUUAUAUGGACUGCUGUGAUUCUGUUGCUGGUUCACUUCAUCUGCUUCUAUGAGCUGUGCUUUGUUUUCUGAUCGGUGUUGAUCUACAUGUAGAACUUACUUAAAAGGAUAUAACCUUUUCCUAUAAAUUGUGUGCUGAAAUAGGGAUUUCCUUCUUUGUUGAGUUGAUGACAAAACUUGCCCUUUGUUUGUAAAUUUGUCAUUUGUUAAUGCUAUAAUGCUGAUAGUUUUUUUUCUUUAUGUGAUCAUACGUGGCUUUACCUUUGUAUGUGGAUCAUGAAACCUUCUACUUGCGAUCAUGAUAUAAAUAAUUGUUGCCUCUCGCUUGUUUUGGAGUAUCAAAUGUUUAUUUUUUUGAGGGAAAUCAGUAAGUUGUAGCUGUUUUUUCACUCUGGCCACUUUUUAACUGCCUAGCUAUAUAAAUUAGAAACCUUUGUUUUCUAUUGAGUCCAUACUUUGAUUUAUUUCUUUGUCUCGACUUAGUGUUUGAGAGAGUAAAAUGGUCGAUGGCGUCAUUGACUUUAUGGUUUGUAUUAAUUGAGUUCUGAGCAGGCCAAUUGGAACAGAAUAUAUUGUAUCUUACAAACUUGGGAGUUUACUGUCUUUUUUUUCGUAUCUGUUUUAAACCUAUAGGUGAAGAUCCUGAAACUGUUUUCAUCACGUUCAUGGACACCUUUGUCAUUGUAAAAAGGGAGUUGAACCUACAAUCUCAGAUAAGAAAUGUAUCUUCUCAAUAUAACAAAAAGGGGAUACAUUUUAUGUGUUAUGUCUGCUACUGUUUAUUUCAGUUAGUUAAUGUUUUAAAAGCGAACUUUUAAACAACCUGCCACAUCAUUUCAAGGUCUCUUUUCUUAGAGAAGCCGGUGGCAGCAUUUAGUUACGAGCAUCUUUCAUUUUUAGGUUAUGGUCACCCUUUAUUGUAUACCAUACAUGACGGAGCAAGUUGUGGUCUUUUCAUACUUGUUUAUGUGUAAAGAGUUGAUACCAUCUGCUUUUAAGGGAACGUAUCAUUCUAUCUUCCUUUAAAAAAUUCUUGUCGAGUGCUCUCCCUUUACGCUCAUUUCAAAGGAAGCAUAAAGGAAAGAUUCUUGACAUGGUUUUCCUUCCAUUUUUUGGGGUGUUCAUUACCCACCAUCAAUUGGAAACGAGAGGGUUGUUAAAUUCUCCCCUGGUCGAAAUGUUGCAGUGUCCUGUAUACACAAACGUUUGUUUUCUCUCUGUGUGCUUUGAGACUGGUUGAUGUUUGAAGAAACCGUUUUGAUGUAUUAUACAUAUUAUGCCUUGCCUUGUGGUUUCUGUUGGCUCUUGUGUUGUCUAUACCAUGACGCAGGCUUACGCGUUUCUCGGCUGCUUACAAAUGAGUUCGGAGUUGGCUUACGCAUCCUCGUGAAAGCUUGGAUCGGGAUAGAUGUUGCCGGAAUCCCAAAUGUUUAUGUGGGAGUAACUUGGAAUUGUAAUCUUCAUUAUAUGUUGUAGGUCAUCAUCUAUUUGUAACAUUUUGAACUACUGCAAGCAAUUAUGUGAUAAGACAAAGAUGACAUUAAAUUUUAAUUAAACCUUAAGAGUUUCUCUUCUUUUUCA